AGCCCCUUUCUCUCUCUCUCACACACAGACACAUAUAUAGCUUCUUUCUCUCUCACUUCCCUCACUCUCUUUCUCUCUCUCUCACCCACACAACACCACCACAGGAGUGAACAAUUGUAUCAAAUAAAUUCAUAAACAACGUCAACAACAAGACUAGGACAAGCGUUCAGGUUGCAGCCUAACCCCAAUAAAUCAAGAAAGAAAUUAGAAAUCUAGAAGCAAAACUAAAUUCUUCCGUGGUCGCUAAACAGAUCUCAUAUCUAUGACAUUUUGCCAGUCUAGUAAAAGUAGUUUUGUGAAAAGCCCCGAUAUCGUCCCAACUUUCUUUCACAAAAGGAAAACUAAAAAUACCAUUACUAUCAUAAUAAUAAAUUUUAAUAACAUUUAUCAUUAUUGUAAUUAUUGCUUUAAUUCGGAACCGUCAUUGAAUUUUAAGCAAUGAGACGACGUUUUAUCGAUAAUAUCUUUUUCAUCUACUUCACAUCGCAUAUUGGCAUCUCGAUCUUUUUCGAUUCACAAGUUUACCUACCGUCAUGGAUGUACCCGGCUGUUUUCAGGGAUUUACUCAACAAAUAUUGUACUACAAUGAAGGACCCGUUACUAUUACAAGCACCCACAUGGUACGAAGCAUUUUUACUAUGCGAAUUUUUCUUACAAUUCCCGUUCUUCUUCGUGGCGGCCUACGCCUAUUGGAAAGGGGUUAAAAGCUGUCCUUGGAUUCGUCUACCUAUUGUCAUUUACGCCACGCACACUGCCACUACACUUUUACCAAUAUUAUACCAUAUAUUGAAUUACGAUUUUCGAUCGCUCGAGACGAAGAAAUUGAGGUACGCUGGACCUGUGACUCCAUCAGAAAGGUACCUGCUAGCUACGGUAUAUUCUCCUUAUCUUCUUACACCUUUGGUUAUGUUAGCUGAUGCCCUCACCAGUACCGCAUACAAGACUAUAAAUGAGACCCCACAAACGGGUUUAUCUCGAAAAACUAAUUGAGUUUCUUUUGAUUAAGGAGAAAAAAAAAGUUACAAAGAAAUAGCACACAUACACAUACAUAAAAGCACUUUCUUACAUGUGUGUGUAUGUGUGUAUACAACAAAACAGUAAACUAUACACACACACACACACACACACACACACACACACACA